AUGGAGGACUUCAUCGUCAGCCCGACGAAACUUGGAGCGGGUUCGUACGGAGACGUGUACAAAGUCCGCUCAAAAGCGAACCCCGAAAACGUAUUCGCGAUGAAGGUGUUUAGGCCAAGCGUGCGCUUGGGGUCCUCGCACGGCCUUUUGGAUUCGACCGUACGAGAGCUGUCGUGUUUAUUCGCGCUUCGAGGUCACCCGCAUAUCGUGCAGAUGAACCAAGUGUUGUUCUAUAAGGAAGAUGUAGCGGUGUUGAUGGGCUAUUAUCCGUACACGUUGUUUAAUGUUAUCACACAACGUUCCCCCGCGCCGACGUCGAUCGUAGCGCGAAUCUCACUUCAGAUAGCCGAAGCGCUCGCGUACAUGCACGACCUGAACUGGAUACACCGAGACCUGACAGCCAGCAACGUGAUGCUAACCGAAGAUCUGACCGUGAAGGUCGGCGACAUGGGACUUUCGCGUAACGUAGCAGACUGGAUGUCGGGAGAAACCGUUACGGCGCCCUAUAGAGCACCGGAGCUGUUUACGUGCGACGACGCUACGAAAUCGUACACGAACGCGAUAGACAUGUGGAGCCUGGGUGUGCUCAUCGCCGAGUUGCUGGAGCACAGAGUCUGGUUGUUUAGAAACAAAAGAGCGGGUCGGAUCGUGUACACCACGUCUGAGAUUUUACAACAAGUCUUCGAACCGGAAGAGUACAAAAAGACGGGAAAGAAACCCGCCGUGUUCAACAUCGAAGGUGUGCUGUCGCGUGUGAUCCAGAAGGAGACCGCUAUAAAGGAUGUUGUGUUUCAACUACUGACAGUGGACCCCGGUGACAGAUUGACGGCGCGGGGAUUUCUAGCACAGAAAAGGUGGCGCUCAUUAAGCAAGACCGUAACGCCCGACGAAAUCAAUGUCAUAACAACAGAGAUUCAUAAUGUAUAA